GUCUUUUAGGUUUGUGUCGGGCACACGUGGUGCGACACGUGCAGCAUUUAAAGAGGAUAAUAGUUGAUGAAUUUUACGUUUUAGCUUAGCUAGCUUAGCUAGCAGGUUACCAAGGCAACGUAGCCAACAAGGCUGGUAGCUCCAGCGCAGACGGCUGACGUUGUUUUCUUUUCUAAAAGUUGAUAUUUCUUUACAACAGGCUGUUUUUUUGCGGUUGUUUUACACGCCGAAUCAAAGAACAGUGUAUAGUGGUUAAAGUAUUUAAAGUAUUUUUUAAGUAACUUUAAUAUUAUUAAGCAGAUACGCAACAACGUCAGUGAACUGCUAGAUUUAUUAACGGAGUACGUUUUAAAGUUGAUAUUUCUUUACAACAGGCUGUUUUUUUGCGGUUGUUUUACACGCCGAAUCAAAGAACAGUGUAUAGUGGUUAAAGUAUUUAAAGUAUUUUUUAAGUAACUUUAAUAUUAUUAAGCAGAUACGCAACAACGUCAGUGAACUGCUAGAUGUAUUAACGGAGUACGUUUUUUGCUUCAGCGUCGCUGCUUUUUGGCUUCUCCUAGUCAACUGGAACACUACAACAAAGACUCAAACUGGUGUUUUUCUAUCACAACAGUUGAAUACUCACUUGGCAACAAACUUGUCAAGUGCAUCAUGUUGUCUGAAACUGCGUCAACAUAUAGCUAUAGUUUGCUCUAAUGCAGAGACAGUGAAGACAUGGAGCAGUACAGUAUUCUGGGUCGGAUCGGAGAAGGAGCUCACGGCAUCGUCUUCAAGGCUAAACACAUCGAGACAGGAGAGACGGUGGCUCUGAAGAAAGUGGCUCUGAGGCGGCUGGAGGACGGCAUCCCCAACCAGGCUCUACGGGAGAUCAAGGCCCUGCAGGAGAUCGAAGACAACCAGUAUGUGGUGAAACUGAAGGACGUCUUCCCUCACGGGACGGGCUUCGUCCUGGUGUUUGACUUCAUGCUCUCCGACCUCUCUGAGGUCAUCAGGAACUCUCGGCGACCUUUGACCCCGGCUCAGGUCAAAGGUUACAUGAUGAUGCUGCUGAAGGGCGUGGCCUUCCUGCAUCACAACAACAUCAUGCACCGGGACCUGAAGCCAGCCAACCUCCUCAUCAGCUCCUCAGGUCACCUGAAGAUAGCAGACUUCGGUCUCGCCAGACUGUUCAGCGAGCGGGGAGAGAGACUGUACAGCCACCAGGUGGCCACCAGAUGGUACAGAGCACCUGAGCUGCUGUACGGAGCCAGAAAGUACGACGAGGGAGUCGAUCUGUGGGCAGUGGGCUGUAUUUUCGGCGAGCUGUUGAACUCGUCUCCUUUGUUUCCGGGAGAGAACGACAUUGAGCAGCUCUGUUGUGUCCUGCGAGUGCUGGGGACUCCAACACAGGAAAGCUGGCCUGAGAUCGUGGAGUUGCCAGAUUACAAUAAAAUCACCUUUAAGGAGAAUCCAGCGAUCCCAUUGGAGGAGAUCGUCCCUGACACGUCCCCUCAGGCCGUCGACCUGCUCUACAAGUUCCUGGUUUACCCGUCCAAACAGCGCUGCUCCGCCAGACAGGCUCUCCUCCACCCAUACUUCUUCUCCUCUCCUCUUCCUGCUCACCACUCAGAGCUCCCCAUCCCUCAGAGGGGGGGCCGACCCCCCCGCCAGCGCCUGCAGGCUCCGCCCACUGACUUCUCCGUGGACCUGCCCCUGCAGAACAGCGUGGUAGACCCCUCGCUGCUGCAGGGACACGCCUCCUGCUUCUGAACGACCCACCGACCGACCAAUCACCUCCCUCCCUCAGUGACUCUCUGCUGAUGUUUUUACACACACUUUUGUAUUUUAUUUUAAUUUAUUCGUGGUCUGUUUCACCGGCGUGUUUUUCUUCACUCUGUUGAUGAAGUUCUUCACGUGUCAUUGUCCUUUCUUUCAUAAAAAUAUAACCACAGUGAAAAAAACAUACAACACGAAAUGAUAAUAAAAGGAGAUGAUAAUAUAA